AUGACUGCUUGGGACGGGGUGCUCCCCUUUUAUCCCCAGCCCAGGCAUGCCGCUGGCUUCAGCGUACCGCUGCUCAUUGUUAUCCUGGUAUUCUUGUCUUUGGCUGCUAGUUUCCUGUUCAUCUUGCCUGGAAUCCGUGGGCACUCGCGCUGGUUCUGGUUGGUGAGAGUUCUUCUUAGCCUGUUCAUAGGUGCAGAAAUUGUGGCUGUGCACUUCAGCGGAGACUGGUUCGUGGGGAGAGUGUGGACCAACACAUCCUACAAAGCCUUCAGUACGUCCCGUGUUCAAGUCCAUGUCGGUCUGCACGUGGGGCUAGUGGGCAUUAAUAUUACACUCAGAGGAACACCAACGCACCAGCUGAACGAGACCAUCGACUACAAUGAGCAUUUCACUUGGCGUCUGGACGAAGACUACACCAAGGAGUACGUCCGUGCCCUGGAGAAGGGACUGCCGGACCCAGUGCUGUAUCUGGCAGAGAAGUUCACACCGAGCAGUCCUUGCGGGCUGUAUCACCAAUAUCACCUGGCCGGUCACUAUGCCGCGGCAACACUGUGGGUGGCGUUCUGCUUCUGGAUCAUCGCCAACGCGCUGCUCUCCAUGCCCGCCCCGCUCUAUGGAGGCCUGGCCCUGCUCACCACCAGCGCCUUCACGCUCUUCUCCGUCUUCGCCUUCGCCUCGAUCUCCAGCGUGCCGCUCUGCCCCUUCCGCCUGGGCUCCGCCGCUCUCACGCCUCACUACGGCGCCUCCUUUUGGGUCACGCUGGCCACUGGCAUCCUGAGCCUCGUCCUCGGAGGGGUGGUGGUGAUUCUCCACUACACUCGGCCCAGUGCCCUGCGCACCUUUCUGGAUCUAAGUGUCAAAGACUGUAGUGAUCAGGCUAAAGGAAACUCACCUCUCAUCCUCAACAACCCGCAACACAAACAGUUUAGGACUCCAGACUCAAAUAUUACCACUCUCCUGUGAAAACUAACUCCGGAUUUCUAUCCCUCCUUGGGAUCCCAUAGACCUGAAGACUGUUAAGGGCGCGAGUCAGGAGCAUAGCUGAGUCUGGAGGACUGCAUGCCCAUGCGGGAGGACUGCA